AUGCUUGUAGGAGGUGCGGGGCAGCUGAAGCUAACAAAAGACGGUAGUGUGCUGCUGCACGAAAUGCAAAUUCAGCAUCCGACAGCAGCACUGAUUGCUCGCGCUGCUGCAGCACAAGACGAAAUAACAGGAGACGGGACGACGUCUUCUGUGCUGCUUGUAGGAGAGUUGCUGAGACAAGCUGAGAGGUUUAUUGCUGAGGGAGUGCAUCCGCGUUUGCUCUGUGCUGGUUUUGAUAAGGCGAGAAAAAAGACUUUAGAGUUGCUUGACGAGGUGAAGAUAUCGAGUGGGGAGUUGCCGGAGCGGGAGCUUCAGGUGUCUGUAGCUUGUACAUCAUUAAGAACAAAGUUAUCUGCUUCUUUUGCGGAUAAACUUGCUGAAGAUAUUGUAGAUGCUGUCAUGUGCAUAUACACUCCAAAGCAAGAGUUAGAUUUGUUCAUGGUCGAGGUUCUUCAUAUGAAGCAUCGUCUAGCAGAAGAAACCAAGCUCGUCAAGGGUAUGGUGCUUGAUCACGGCUGUAGACACCCGGACAUGCCGAAGCAUUUAAAGAAUUGUUUUAUCUUGACAUGUAAUGUAUCUCUAGAGUACGAGAAGAGCGAAGUAAACGCAGGCUUCUUCUACACAAGUGCUGAGCAAAGAGAGAAGUUAGUGGCGGCAGAGAGAAAGUUUACAGAUGAUAAAGUUAAUAAAAUCAUUCAGCUUAAACGAGCUGUAUGUACACCCGAAAAUAAAAAAAACUUUGUUGUUCUCAAUCAAAAAGGGAUCGAUCCUCCAAGCUUAGAUCUACUCGCAAAAGAAGGCAUCAUGGCGCUUAGAAGG